UGACCUUGCCUUCCCUCAUUCCAAACAUAACAACAAUAUCUUUUGUUCACUUUUAAGAUCUACGAACGCCAUGGCUUCCUUCAAGUGCUUGACCUUUGCUGCAUUGUUCGUCGCUUUGUCAUUUUCAAGCAUGGAAGUUGGCUUAGCUGCUCGUCAUCUUCAGCAAUUACCACCUUUACCUUCAGUGCCAAAUUUUCCAAAGCCUUCAUUGCCACCACUGCCUAGUGUCCCAACUCUGCCGCAGCCUUCAUUACCACCAAUGCCUAGUGUCCCAACUCUGCCGCAGCCCACAUUCCCCACAAACCCGUCUCUACCAAAGCCAACGCUGCCGCCGCUUCCAAGCUUGCCUAGUGUUCCUAAGGUUGCUUUACCUCCAUUGCCAAGCAUCCCAUCAAUCCCCAAUAUCCCAACUACAAUUCCCUCAAUCCCAUUCCUUUCUCCACCACCUGGCAACUAAGUAUUUUGGAUUAAAUUGUGGAAGAAGAUUGGAGAAGUGGACUAUACACUAGAAGACUGCUGCAUGCUACAUCCCUUUGUUGUGUUCGUGGAUUUAUUUAUGAUUCUGAUCGUUGCUUGUCAUUUAUUUUAUGGGUUUGAGACUUUUUUUUUUAUAGCUGCAGGUUGUUGUGAUAUAUUGGUUUAUGGUUGUAAUUAUUUCAUAUUUUAAUGAUUAUUACCAG